AUGAGAACCACAAUUAAAGAAACAAGAUUACUCAAAUUAUUCUUUGAUAUUUAUUAUCAUUUCUCUUCUUCAUUCCCUUCUUUUUCUAUCAUUUCUAUUAUUGUUUUAAUAUAUGUUUCUUCGUUGAUUUCUUUAUAUUCAAAUCUUUCUGUGCUUAUUUUGAUUUCUUUUUCUUGUUUUAUUUUAUUAUUUAUUAUUAUUUCCUUCUCUUCUUUUUCUUCUGAUAUUAUUCUAUUGAUUUCUUUAUUUUCUUCUAUUCUAUUGUUUAUUCUUAUAGUUUAUUAUUCUUAUUUUUAUCUUAUCUCUUUCUUUUUUAAUAUUUCCAUAUGUCAUUUCUGUAUUUUCUAUGAUAAUAAUUGGUGUUUCUGUGUUAUAUUCUUCUGA